AUGGAGCAAGCGACGGAGCCGUCGCAAACCCAACCCGUUCCUGAGGAGCCGGUCAAAUCGAUCGAGGAGGAUGGCAAAGCUGACGAGGGCCCUGUUCAGGGUGGUGUCACUGAUGAACAAUGGAGGUUGAUGAUGGAUGUUGUCUUGGCUAUCUAUGAAUUCAGAGAAGAAGAUGGCCAUGAUCCGUCCCGAUUAUUUCAGAGAAGCGUCAACAAGCGCAAUGUGCCCGACUAUUAUGAGAUCAUCAAAGAGCCCAUGGCUCUCAGCAUUUUGAAACAGAAGAUCAACAAAAGGGAGUAUAAAAACUUCGCCGAAUUUGUGCGAGACUGCGCUUUGAUCCCCCACAAUGCGCAAACCUACAACCGGCCAAACUCUCAAGCAUAUGAGGAUGCGCUUGUUAUUAAGGACGUUUUCAUCGCAGAGUUCGACAAGCUCGUGAAACAAGGAGUCAUCACUUCGGAACAAGCUGAGCUCCCGGACUUAGGGGAGAUCCCCGAGGCAGAUCCCCUUCCGGAGGAAGAGGAAGAAGAAGAUGAGGAAGACGAUGACGAUGAGGACGAUGAUGACUCUGAUGAUGAUGGCCGACGCAAGAAGAAGCGAGGCCCCCGUCCUGGGUGGAAACGAGAUGCUGCGAAAGAAGACGGUCACAAGUCUGCUGACCCAGAAAUCAGGAAGAAGCGCGGUCGGCCACCCCGCGUUGAUACACCAAUGGAGGCCAGAAUUAAAGCUGUUCUAAAGGGGAUCCGUAAGCUGAAAGGACCCAGUGGGAUGCUCAAAGUGCGACAUUUCGAACGGUUGCCUGACAAAGCUAUGUAUCCGGAUUAUUAUGUGGAGAUCAAGGAUCCAAUUGCCAUCGACAUCAUUAAGCGAAAAUCCAAGCGCAAGAAGUAUCACUCGGUUGACCAUUUCAUGAGGGAUAUGGAUCUCAUGUUCAACAAUGCCAAAGCUUACAAUCAGCCGGACAGUCAGAUUUACAAAGAUGCGGUCGACUUGCAGGGCGAGGCCAGGAGACUUGCUGAGAUCGAGAAGAGAAAGCCUGACACUGAAUAUCUCAUGGAAGAUGGGCGACUUCCCUUACCCGAUGGCAUUCUCUACAAAGGGGAGCUCUGGAAAGUUGGUGACUGGGUCCACAUUCAGAACCCUAACGAUGUGACCAAGCCUAUCGUAGCACAGAUUUAUCGAACAUGGCAGGAUUCGGAGGGCGAGAAAUGGGUCAAUGCGUGCUGGUAUUACCGCCCGGAGCAGACGGUCCAUCAUUUCGAGAAGCAUUUCUACCCUAAUGAGGUGGUCAAGACAGGCCAGUACCGUGACCACCGGAUUGAGGAGGUCGUGGACCGUUGCUUCGUGAUGUUCUUCACUCGCUACAACCGCGGACGUCCCAGAGGCCUUUCCCCUGAUAAGGAGGUCUACGUCUGCGAGGCUCGCUAUAAUGAGGAGAAGCAUAAACUAAACAAGAUCAAGACCUGGGCGAGUUGUCUGCCUGACGAGGUGAGAGAAAAGGAUUAUGAAAUGGAUCUUUUCGACGUUCCUCGAAGGAUCAAGAAAAUUCCUAGCCCCAUAAAACACUUGUUGAAGAGUGUUGCAAAGGAGACCGACGAUCUGCCGAAGCCAACAUGGGGAGCUGACAAUGCGCCGCCCAUCGUUGGUGCGGUACAUCGUCGUCCGCGCGAUGAGAACGAAUCUCCACCACCUGAACCAACACCUUCUCCGCCUCCGUCACUGCCUCAACCAGUAUUGCCUACCGUUCCUCCUCGCCAGCAGUCAAUCAGCCAACCGCCUACGCGACCCAGCGUAGAUAGCCCCGGUGCUAUCCCCUUACCGGGGGCGGGCGUUGGCCCUGCACGUUCACCGGCAGCGCCAAUUCCUCCCCUUCAGAACUCUCCAGCUCCCGUGGCUCCGAUAACUUACCAGCAGCCUCAAGUCCCACCGGCGCAGGUUUAUCAGCCAGCGCUACAGCGACGCCCUAGUACCUAUGUCCCACAAACCCCCCAUGCCACCGCUUACCAGCCUUCGGCUGUGGCCCACCCCUAUGCGGCAGUCCAGCCCUCGCCAUAUACGCCGUAUCAGGCAGGUCGCGGGCAUGUACCCCAAGCAGCAAUGUACAAUCCUAAUGCUCCCCGCCCGAUUGAGGUCUUUCACCUGAGCGAUGCUGCCAACGCGGCCAUACCGGAGGAUAUACGUGAUCAGUUCCACUGUAACAACUCGGGGCAUGUGCUUUUCUUCUCUACUCCACCACUUGACAUCGUGCCAUCCCUCCCUCAGAAGCUUGGCCAUUCCCUCAAAUACCUGGCCGCAAAAGAGGAGCGCCGGAGACUUGUCGAGCAGCGGAAACGGAAAGAAAUUGCUGAGAAGACCCAGCAAGAAGAACGUGUCAAGCGCCAGCGGGCAGAUGCAGAAACAAAUCUUGCAGUCCGCGUGGGAACCUUGACUGUCAAGGCUAUUGAGACUAUGGCGAGCCAGGUUAUGAUUGGUACAGAUAAGAUCUACGACCUUCUGUAUCUUGACCAAGCGGAGAAAGCGAAGCACGCUGAUGCUGAGGCCCAAGCUCAGCGGAUCGCUGCUGAUCACCUCUUGCAUGAGAGAACGGCGCAGAUUCAGGCCCAUUCCGACCAAGCCACAACUGUCAGCCUUAAGGGUCAUGCCAUGUAUAUGGAUGAUAUUGACCCCAGGAUAUAG